GCUUGCUAGUGCUGCAAGAGAGGGCAGCAGAGCAGGAUCCUGAUUGUAUCUUUGUUUCUUGUAGGUGACUAUCUCGGUGGGGCCACACUGAUCAUGCUCAGGAGCUUCUGUCUUCAGCUCAUGUCCUUGCUUUGGAUCCUUGCGGCCCAUCACCACUUCAUCCAAGUUGCAGGUGAUGACUGCAGUGACCACUGUAAUUUGGCCCACGGCAGCUGUGAGAAGGAUGGCAAAUGCAGAUGUGAUCCCGGUUGGGAGGGAAAAUAUUGUGAACACUGUGUGAGAAUGCCUGGCUGUGGCCAUGGGACAUGCCACCAGCCGUGGCAGUGCAUUUGCCAAACUGGCUGGGCUGGCAAGUUCUGUGACAAAGAUGUUCAUGUCUGCGAGCAUCAGUCACCGUGCAGAAAUGGAGCUGAGUGUGUAUACGAUCGUGAUGGAGAAUAUUCCUGUCUGUGCCUUGAAGGAUUCCAUGGAAAGGACUGUGAACUGAAGACAGGGCCGUGUGAGAAAGCAAGAUUUCCAUGCAAAAAUGGUGCAUUGUGCCACGAUGAUAAUGGCUUUGCUUCCAAUUACACCUGCAAGUGCCUGGCUGGAUUCACUGGUGCACAUUGCGAGAUUGAUGUCAACGACUGCCUCAUGCGUCCCUGUGCCAACGGCGCCACCUGCCUCGAUGGCAUUAAUCGCUUCUCCUGUCAGUGCCAGGUUGGCUUUGAAGGACGUUUCUGCACCAUCAACAUUGAUGAUUGUGCCAGCCAACCAUGCACGAAUGGGGCUAAGUGUUAUGAUCGCAUCAACGAUUUUGAUUGCUUGUGUCCCGAGGGCUUUUCUGGGAAAACAUGUCAGCUCCAAGCUCCAGAGGCAACCUGGAUCACUGAGUCUCAGCCUGAUGACAAGGACCACAACAGGGCUCUGGGAAGCACAACCAGCAGUUACCCUUGGAUGACCCAGUCUGAGCCAGCCAAGGUUAUAGUUACUGGAAAGCGUAUCACUAACUACAGCGAGAAAUCAAAUGAUGAUGGGCUGUUAAUCUCUGUGAAAGAGGUGGUAACUCAGCAGGACUCAGGGCUGAGUCAGUCACAGCUCAUUUUAGUGCUUGUAUUUGGGGGGAUCACUAUUUUGUUGGUCUUGGUGACCGUGUUGCUGCUGCUGAAGAAUUGGCAGAAGGGGCGCCGGAGAAGUCAGAGCCCCUCCCAAACUGCAAGGAAGCUUCAGGACCAAGAAUGUCAAGUGGGAAUGUUAAGUACAAUCUUGAUAGAACCCAGGAAAACAACGGAGCUGUAAGAAGCCAGAAUCAGGGCCUGGUUGAUCUAGAAACGCCCACUGGCGACUCAAGAGAAUCCUUCCAGCUGUGUCUGGGGUCAGUUCUGGCUGCUUAUCUCCAAAGCGUUGACGGCUCUGAUGGAACUGAAGGCUGUGAAUUGGCAUGAAGGAAUGUGUCCACAAGGCAGUAAAUCCUGCUUUGAGAAAAUAAUUCUUGAAUGUGUGCAGUAAAUCCAUUAGCAUGUUGACUUCAACUCAUCAAGGCAGCCAAGGAAACCCUGGGCUAGGAUAACCCUCCUUUUGAAAGCAGCAAGUGGAUCAGAAGGUUGUUAUCCGACUAUAUCCUACAUUGUAUAAUGGCGUCAAAGGUGCCGGGAGAGUUUGUAGGAGCUGAAACUUCAUUAGGCCUUCAGGCAUUUGAUAACUCUUAGUUAGAGUCUUUGCAGAUUUCAAAUGGCCUAUUUACUUCUCAGAGUUUAGAAACUGCUGUGGAUAUGCCCUGACUCUAGAAUUCUGGUCCAAACAAUAUUGAAUUUUUCUACCAUUUCUGCCAUUAUGUGUUUCCAAUGACAUUAUCUUCCCAAGGGCCUCAUAAUGCCAUGAGACAGUUUGCUGACCAUUUUUAUUACUUCUCCCUUCCCUUCUAUUUCAUUUUCUUUGUUUGUUUGUUUGUUUGUUUAGUUGCAAAUGAAAGAUUCUGUAUUAUACCAAAUCAUCUCAGGAGGUUUGUUAAUACUUUCAUUUUAUAUCAUGUUCAUUCACCAAUCCAGCAACACAUUUCCUCAGCUAUGGUGUCAAACUGGAGCAAAAACAAAGCAAAUGUCCAUUCUUUGCCUUGGAUAUCUGGUUUGAGCCUUCACACUUGCCAGAAAGAAGAUGGAUGUCUAUGAAAUUGGAAGUAGAGCUCUGUUCAAGCAAGUUCUUAAGUGAAAGAACUUAGGAGUGACAUUAAACAAUUAUAUUGUUGGAGGAUUCCACAUAGUGUGCAUGUAUAUGGGAGAGAGGAAAAGAGGUACAUGCUAUAAAUUUGGAGAGAAGAAUGCCUCAAGAUCUACGUUGGAUUCUAUCAAAAAAGAGGUGGUAGAACUGCUGAAAUUUUGAAACAAAAGUUUUAGGGUUCCAGAUACAAAACCCACUUUUUAGAAUGGUUGUCUUUGUGCUAAGUUUUGUCUGUUUUCAGCAGCAAGUGUUGCUCUCCAUCUGCUGUUCCUUUUCUAAGGGAACAUUGGUAAUUGUCUUACAGCAAGUCACUUCAUUCGUUCAUUUAGCUCAGAAGCCGUCAUAUUGAUUGGCCAUACUUCUCCAGGAAUUUAGGUAGGAGAGUAACCAAUCCUUACCUGGCAAUGACAGGAUUUAAAAAAUAUACAAUCAAUUACUUUACCUUCUCUAUAUGAUAGUGAAGGUAAUGAUGCAGUUAAACAGAAAAUAUUGUAUAAUGCUCUUUGGGUUGAAUGAUACAAUCUGUUCCAUUCCCUUCAGUAGUACAGUAGUACUUUCUCUAUUCUAUCAAGAUAAAAUGCUGAGCUUGUAGAAAGUUCAUGUUGGCCUUGGCUACUCAAGUCCCUCAUCUCACAGCAGAAAUAUGUCAACACUUUAGGAUUGUGGCUAAGUUCCUAGGUUGUGUGCAUGGAAAUACCUAAGUUAAGCAAAAAAACUUGAAGGAAAUAUUAUUUUUGU